UUGCUAAAGAACUACUUACGUUUGGCCGUAGAUCAGGGGCAGACUGACCAUUUUGAAACUCGGGCUCUGCCCGAGGGCCCGGGGUCAGUAGGGGCUCCCAUGAGUUGCCCCUGGUACCUUUUCCAUAGGCUUUUUGAGUUUGGGCAAGGACACAGGGGCCCCAUGAUCCCCUAUUGCCCGGGGGCCCCAUGAGUUAUGUUGUCAAGCCAUCCAAGGCAGCCUGUGCCAACAUCCACGCCUCAUGCGUAGCAUCUGAAGUAGUAAUACAGUGGAUAUAAUAAGUCUACACACCCCUGUUAAAAUGCUUUUUUGGGUGUGGUUUGAUUGUGGGCAAGGACACAGGGGCCCCAUGAUCCCCUAUUGCCCGGGGGCCCCAU